CUGUGUGUGACAGUGACAGCGCUUGUGGCCAACUUCCGUUUUCUUUUCUUUUCGUUUCUACACCAGCAAGAUGAAAAUCGGUUUGUGUUCAUUCAGUGGGUACAAAAUCUACCCCGGCCAUGGCAAGACCAUGGUUAAGGUUGAUGGCAAGUCUUUCACCUUCCUGGACAAGAAGUGCGAGCGCUCCUACCUGAUGAAGCGUAAUCCCCGCAAAGUCACCUGGACUGUGCUGUACCGUCGCAAGCAUCGCAAGGGUAUCGAGGAGGAGGCCUCCAAGAAGCGUACUCGCCGCACACAGAAAUUCCAGCGCGCUAUUGUCGGUGCCUCGCUGGCCGAGAUUAUGGCCAAGCGUAACAUGAAGCCCGAGGUGCGUAAGGCUCUCCGUGACCAGGCCAUCAAAGUCGCCAAGGAACAGAAGCGUGCCACCAAGGCCGCCAAAAAGGCAGCCGCUCCAGCUCCCGCCAAGAAGUCUGCUCCCAAGCAGAAGGCCGCCAAGGUUACACAGAAAUCUGCUCCCCGUGUCGGAGGAAAGCGGUAAACAAAUGUUCGGUCUGACGGCGAUUAAAGUGUAGUGCAUAUAUAUUUAUGUGGUGAAAACUAAAGUGAAAGAAAAACAUUAAAACAAAAGCUGCGAAUGCAAAUUCGUGGUGUCAAAAAAAAAAACCUUUA